CUACUUAUUCUUCUCGUUGGCGUAGUACCUCUUUACACCCAUUCUUUGACCCCUUCCGCCCACCGCUUUUCACACAGUAGUUAUGAGUUUACGCAUCUAUUGUUUGAUGGCACUUCUUUAUCGUUCUCUACACAUGGCAUUACUCGAAAUCGCUGUUCGUUUGUGCCCGCCCACCCGGCGGCGGCUUAAUCUUUCAGCGUCCGGCCCGAGCUACUCAGCAGCUACUACUCAACCUCACGACGCCUUCGCACUCGAUCCGUUCCAUCUCAUCGCAACAGUCGAAGUUGGAAUGAAAGAUAGCAAGUGCUGUCGCUGGGCCGUCUUUCAUGCGUACACUUCUCGAGCAGCAUGGGCAUCAGCUAUCGAGAACUGAGAUGUGAACGAUUUUUGGUGCCGCUACUGACAAUAUUUCCGCGGUCAUCACCAUUGCUAUCCUCGCAGCGGCUUGUCAUCCCGAGGCACAAGCG